CUCCUAUUCCAGCGAUCACCUCUUUGAUUCUGCCCUCUUUCCUUCCCCUUCCUUUCCUGCUCUGUUCUCCUGCAUAUCACCUCAUCAGCCCCUCCUCCUCUUCCUCCCGACUUGGGGACUCCCAGUCCCUCCAUAGUCGCUUCCUCUUUCGGUAGCAGACUCCAUUCGCCGUUGAUCUAUUGCUCAGGGCAGGCUCAGGUUAUUCCCACGUAGCUCCAGGUCAGGACCAGCAGCACAGCAUGAGUCUCUUCCGCUCGCAUUCUCUCCCCUCGCUCACGAACCUCACGGAAGAGCAGCAAGCUUACCUGGCUGAGCGCGCCAACACUCACCGUACCAACUUGGGCGAUGGCAAGGUCACGGACAGCUUUUGGAUGAAGAGGGUAGAUGUGAUCUCAGACGGAUCCAAGUGCUUAUCGAGCAUCCUGAACGCCAAGAAGAAGACGGAAGACAUGCCGAGCGCUGCUCCUGGCGGCCUGUCCCGCGCAAUGGAUCGCUCCAUCUCCAUGCCGAACCUGAGCGCGAUGGCCUCUUCGCCGAUGAGGAACCAGCCCAUGAGGAGCCAACGGAUCCUUCCAGAGACGAUCCACGAGUCCAACCACGAGGCACAAGACGAGCAGCAGUAAGGUCUCGUCAGGCACGUUCUUCAGUCGUCUCAGUCGCAGCCCAACUUCAUUCUAGCUUGUGAUCUUCAGGACUCUCAGAGUUGUCAGCCAUUUCCUUGCAUGUCUUUUUCUCUGGGCUGGAGAUUUUGUCGGCUCAUCUCCCCCUUGUCUUCCUUGCAAACUAUUUGACUGCCCAAUGUCCUUUG